AUGACAAUACCGACACGGGGCGAGUUCAUGUCCGCCGGCGUCGAAGAAGAGAAGAAGGGCAACCGAGACGGCGAGAGGGGGGAGACCGAGCGCCACGUGGCGCGCGUUAGAGCACUGUGCGAGAAGGCCAAGGAGAUUUUGAUGGAGGAGAGCAAUGUUCAGUCUCACCAUUUUGGUAUUCAGAGAAAGCCACAAGGCACUAGUCGACCUGUAAGGAGUCCUGUUACAAUCUGUGGUGAUAUUCAUGGGCAGUUUCACGAUCUUGCGGAACUGUUCCGAAUUGGUGGAAAGUGUCCGGAUACAAAUUACUUGUUUAUGGGAGAUUAUGUAGAUCGUGGCUACUAUUCUGUCGAAACUGUCACGCUGUUGGUGUCCUUGAAAGUUCGUUAUCCUCAGCGAAUCACCAUUCUUAGAGGAAACCAUGAAAGCCGACAGAUCACUCAAGUUUAUGGAUUCUAUGACGAGUGCUUAAGGAAGUAUGGAAAUGCAACUGUGUGGAAAACCUUUACGGAUCUGUUUGACUACUUCCCCUUGACAGCAUUGGUCGAGUCAGAAAUAUUUUGCUUGCAUGGUGGAUUAUCACCAUCCAUUGAGACACUUGAUAACAUACGUAACUUUGACCGCACCCAAGAAGUUCCUCAUGAAGGGCCCAUGUGUGAUCUUCUGUGGUCUGACCCCGAUGAUCGAUGCGGUUGGGGUAUUUCUCCUCGAGGCGCUGGAUAUACCUUCGGACAGGAUAUAUCAGAGCAGUUCAAUCAUACCAAUAACUUACGACUUAUUGCUAGAGCUCACCAGUUGGUGAUGGAGGGAUUCAACUGGGCUCAUGAGCAAAAAGUGGUCACCAUAUUUAGUGCACCUAAUUAUUGCUACCGCUGUGGAAACAUGGCAUCAAUCUUGGAAGUUGAUGAUUGCCGGGAGCAUACUUUCAUCCAGUUCGAGCCGGCCCCGAGAAGGGGAGAACCAGACGUAACUCGUAGAACGCCAGACUACUUCCUGUGA